AUGAAUAUAAUUUUUGACAUUGAACACUUAUUUAAAAUACUUUCUCAUAUAAUUUCUGAUUUACUUUAAUUAAAUUAAUUUAACUGUCAUAUGAACAAAUUAGUCGUAUAACAAGUUAAGAGCAUAUUUAAUAGCCUUCCAAAUAAAGAUUUAGAUAAACUACUAAAUAUAUUACUUGCAGCUGGAAUUACAAAAAAUUAAAAAUCAGUUGGUUAUAAAUGUGUAGAAUGUAGUAUUAUGUAUACAUAAUCAAAUAAAUAAAAAGGUUUAAAGGUAUUAAUGCAAGUGGUUUUGGGAGAGAUGAAACUGAAGCUGUUCAUAUUUGUUUAAAAAAUUUUAUUGAAUAAAUGUUAGAAGAAGAAGGACAUUUAUCAUUUUUGAGAAAUAUUUUAAGAGAUCUAAAAUAACUAGAUUUUUAGGAAUAAGAUAUUGAAUAAUUAUAACAAAAAAUAGGCAAUAUAUCAAUAAUACAAAAUAAUUAAAAUUACCAGACUGUAGAUAGUUUGUUAAAUGGAGAAAAUGAAUAAAUUUUAGGAUAAAUAGUUGAUAAUAAGCAAAAGAAAUUUGAGACUAUUUAAGAUAAUAAUAAUAAUAAGGAAAAUAUUUAAAAUUAGUAUUAUAAAUGUUGUGGUCAUGAAUAAGAACUAAAAAAAGAGAAAAUGAGAGUUGAACAUUUGGAAUUAAGAAUAAAAUUGAUUUUAGAAGAAAAUAGAAUUUUGAAAUCUCUUCUUAAUGAAAAGAAAGAGAGUGCAAGAUAGGAAAGUAAUCGAGAAGGAGAUACAAAAAGGAUUCGUUAAUAAGUUAGAUCAAGUAGUGUAAAAAUGGGUAAAAUCUAAUAAAUAAAUGGAGUGCCUAAAUUAAAUCUAGAUGCACUUCCAACUUAUAUGGGAAAAUAGAAAACAUUAUUUUGA